AUGCACGUCUUCCUUCUUGGUGCCACAGGUUAUAUCGGCGGCUCCGUCCUUUCGCACCUCUUGUCAAGCCCCGCCGCAUCUCGUUACAAGAUCACGGCGGCCGUACGCAGCGAGGAAAAGGCAGAGAAGAUACGCUCCUUUGGAGUAGACGCUGUGCUCGCAAGCCUCGAUGAUACGGAGCGACUCGAGGCGCUAGCUUCGCAGGCGGAUGUCGUCGUUGAAUGCGCAGACGCGGACCAUUCUGCGUCCACCAAAGCCAUUCUUUCUGGUUUGAAGAAAAGGCAUCAAGAGACUGGGCAAGUGCCCGCGCUCAUCCACACUGUGAGCUGCGCGACCUGCAUCUCAGACCCAUCUGACACCGAUGUCCGCAGUCAGGCACUGGUAUGUGGUCCUCCAGGAAUGCUAAGUAGUCAAACCGUUCACUACAGUCACGGCCCAGGUGUCUUGACCGACAAUGCAGCGGGGAUGUUUGCCACGGACACAAUCUGGUACGACAACGACCCGGACCAACUGGACACAAUCGCGCCAAGCCAGCCUCACAGAGAAGUAGAUCUGGCAGUAAUCGCAGCUGAUAGCGAAGGCUACGUGAAGACAUUUCUCGUACUGCCCUCGACCAUCUACGGUCUCGUGGAGGGUCAACUCGUAGACGCAGGCAUCAUGAAUCCUCAAUCACAGCAGAUCCCGCGCUUAAUCAGGACAGGGAUUGCCCGGAAGCAGGCCGGUAUGGUAGGGCUGGGGCGUAACAUAUGGCCUAACGUACACAUCAAAGAUGUUGCUGGGCUGUAUGAGACGAUAUUACACGCCCUGAUGGAAGGUAGGGAGAUUGGGCACGGCAGGGAGGGAUAUUACUUCGGAGAAAACGGAGAGCACACACUACUGGCUCUGGCGGGGGAGAUAGGAAAGGUGCUUGUGAAGCUAGGUGUGGCGUCCUCCGAAGAGCCGACUACGUUCACUCCGAAAGAGUUGAAGGAGUAUCUCGCAGGGUCCAAAAGCCUUGGGAUAAAUUCACGAUGUCGGGGGGAGCGUUCGAGGAGCGUUGGGUGGAAAGCAAUAAAUGGGACGGAGGACAUGCUCGCGGGCAUCGAGGCCGAGACGACGUAUAUCCUCAGCACAGGCAAAAUGGAGCAAAGGCUGUAG